UUUAUAAAAUAAUAUGAAUUUUCGUAGAAAAGUCAUUUAUAUAAUGCAUUUAACUUUCCUUUUUAUCUACAAAAUUAUAUAAAAUAAACAAAAGCUAUUCUUUAUUUUUUAAAUAUAUCUGUCAUAGCUUUUACUGUUGGUUAUUGAUUUAGAUCUUGAAAUAUCUUGCAGGGCGUUUUUAUUGUGGCAGUUGUAACAGAGUCUUUACAUCCAUGGAGCCUUUGAAAAAACACAUGUUAAGACACAAAUUCGACAGCACCGAGAAACGACAUCAAUGUACCUUAUGUUCAUACUCUACAAACUACUCGAGCCAUCUGAGGCAGCAUAUGUUCACCCAUAGCGGCGAAAGACCUUUCAAGUGUACCGAAUGCAGCGCAGGUUUCACUCAGAAUUCUUUGCUGCGCAAGCAUUUACUCACCCAUACUAAAAAGACAGCUGUGCUAAAAUGCGAAUGGUGUUCUAAGACUUUCAAAGAUACUAAGCAAUUACUAAAACAUGUGAAAAUUCACAAGAAAGAAGAUAAACCUUUCAAAUGUCCAUUUUGCAAUAAAAGGUUCUCAAAAACCUCUAACCUCAAGAAACAUGAAAAGAAACACACCAAAAAGAAGAAGUCAUCUGGGAAGAAGAAAACGUCUUCCAACAAAGAUGGUAAGACCCCAAACAAAGGUAAGAAAAAGAUAUCAGAUACUAAAAAGAAACAUGUUAGCAGCGAUGAUGAUUCAUCUUCGAAUGUCGACGAUGAUAAAAUAAUACCUUUGCUCAAAGAUUCUUCAGAUUCGGAUAGUAAUGAAUCUUCUUCCUCAUAUGAGAGCACCAUUUCAAAAGCUAAUAAACAAAAGAAAUCUCAUAAGGAAAAUACAUCGGGAAAUAAAUUGAAUAAAACAAAUGAGAGGAAAAAGGCUUUAAAACAUCAAGAGAAGCUGAAGCAGAAAGCAGACAAGGAAAAUGACCAACAAAAUAAAAAGGAAAAUAAGAAUAUAGUUCCUUCUAAGAAGAAAGCAUUCCCAGAUUUAAAGAAGCUUGUUCUACCUGAGAGCAAAAGAGCUUCCAUCAUCAAUAAAAGAAAAAUUAAAGAGAAACCACCAAUCGAUGAGAGAAGAAAAUCGUUGUCUAUUGAUAAAGUUACAAGACCAUCAACUGAAAAGAAGCGAUUUAUUUCUGAAAGAAAGUAUUCUUCAUCCCAAGACAGUGUGGAAUCUCUUUCUCUUAAAAGAGAUAGAAAAGCAUCAUCAGAAAGAAGAUCACCUUCGCUUGAAUCUAUUCGAUCUUCAUCUUCUGAAGGAAUCAAAUCUCCAACUUCUGAAACUAUUAGAUCACCUUCUCCCGAAGGAAUUAGAUCACCUUCUCCUGAAUCUAUUAGAUCUCCAUCUCCUGAAUCUAUCAGAUCUCCAUCUCCUGAGGCUAUUAGAUCUCCUUCUCCUGAAAAGAAAAAAUCACCAUUGUCUGAAAAAGUAAGAUUCAUUUCAGAUCAAAUCACUCCUAUAGCUGAAAGAAUAAAGUCGACCCCUGAAAGAAUCAAUAUUUCUUCACUGGAUAGAUUAAGAUCUCCAAAUGUUGAAAGAAUACAAUCACCAACUCCAGACAGAACAAGACCUCCAGCUUUUGAAAUAAUUCAAACGCCAGCUCCUGACAGAAUUAUAUCACCAGCUGUUGAAAGAAUGAAAGCACCAACUCCAGAUAGAAUUAGAUCUCCAACUGUUGAAAGAAUGAAUGCGCCAACUCCAGAGCGAAUUAGAUCUCCAACUGUUGAAAGAAUGAAAGCGCCAACUCCAGAAAGAAUUAGAUCUCCAACUGUUGAAAAAAUAAAAACGCCCACUCCAGAAAGAAUUAGAUCUCCAACUGUUGAAAGAAUGAAUGCGCCAACUCCAGAUAGAAUUAGAUCUCCAACGAUUGAAAGAAUGAAUGCACCAACACCAGAUAGAAUUAGAUCUCCAACUGUUGAAAGAGUGAAUCUACCAACACCAGAUAGAAUUAGAUCCCCUACUGUUGAGCGAAUGAGAGCACCAACUCCAGAGAGAAUUAGAUCUCUAACUUUUGAAAGAAUGAAAAUGUCAUCUUCUGAAAAUCUGAGUUUAUCCAUUGUUAAUAUGAUUUCAUCAACUAAAUCUGAAAGACAAUCACCAGUUUCACUUGAAAGAAAAAAAUCACCGACUCCUGAUAGACGGUUAUCACUUCCAUCACAACCUUUUUUUUAUAAGAAAGGGCCUCGUACUCCUCCAUCAGAAUUUGCGGAAUAGAAACAUUAUAUUAAUUUAAGCAAAUGCAUUUAUAAUUUUUUUUAAAUUUUAAAUAUUUUUGGACUGUAUAAUCUGAUAAUAGAAUAAAAAGACAAUUCGUUUGUUUAUGAAAACUUGGAAAGCGAAUGUGAAAAAAACCAAUCUGUGAUGAAGCGAUGAAACUCGAUUAUUUUUAAUCAGUAAUCGGUUUGUGUGAAUAUAAAUUAUUUAAUUUUGAUAAUUUAAUAAAACAUAUGAUUAUUGUUUUGAUGAGCAAUGUAUAAUCUAAGCUUAAUAGAAUACGUAGUGUAGAUAUUAAGAACAAUCAAAGUUACAUAUUUUUUUAUAAAUAAAUACUUUUUAUAAAUAUUUUAAGAAUGUCUAGAUGCAGUUAUGCAAUUAGAAACAAAUCCAAGGCCCACAUUUGAUAUACAGUCGCUUCAGUUAAACAUUAUAGAAGAAUUCAAAUAUUGAAAUAUUCCAAAUUAAUUAUUGUAUGUUAAAUAAUCUAUUGUCCAAUUUGUGGAGCAGUUUACUCUUACACAAAAUGGUAUGCAUUAUUAAUAAAAAUUAAAAGCAGAAAACUAUAAAUUUAUAAAUUGGUAAUUGUUUCCAAUCUGCAUAACUGUGUGCAUAUAAUAUGUAAAUCAUGUGAAUAGAUAUGUAAAUAACAUAACAUUUUAGUUUUGAUACCAUUUAUGUGAGUAUUUCAUUGUCAAUGACUGUCAAACGUAUUCUUGUUUCAGGAAAUAAAAUGU